AUGGCAGACCACCAAACAACCAAAAUUGAUAAAUCAAAUCAUCUUCUUUUGGACCAAACCCUCCUUAGGCUGCCAUACGAUCUUAUGCGCAAAAACUUUCGAAAUGCCCACUUUGUCGUCGAACACGAGUCCAAAGCCGUCACCAAGCUGCUCAAGGACACGGCCACCGGCUCGCUAAAGGGCAAGCACUCAUCCGACGAUGUGCUAAAGAACAUAGACGCCAUGCUGGCCAAGGCCAAGGGCAUCAAGCGCAAGUUGCAGGCAUGCUCUGAUGAGGAGGCCCGACUGUACCGGCAGCUCGGCGCCCGGAUCAAGCACGUCGGCGAGGUGAUGUCGAUGGAGACGGUGGACGACGUGAGGUACGAGCAGUGGUCCAGGACGCGCCUCGACCGGCUGAUCGUAGACUACAUGCUCCGCCACGGCUACAACGAGAGCGCCUGUGCCCUAGCCGACGAUCGAGGCAUACGUGAUCUGGUCGACAUCGAUACAUUUGUUCACAUGAGCAGAAUACAGGAAAGCCUGGCCAACAGGAGCGUGACGGAGGCACUGGCCUGGUGUCAUGAGAACAAGAAGGAGCUCAGGAAGAUCGAUAGCAAUCUUGAGUUCAUGCUGCGGUUUCAACAAUAUAUCGAGCUCGUACGCUCCCAGACGUUGCCGAAAGUUCUCGAGGCCAUCACGCACGCGAGAAAAUACCUCAUCCCCUUCAAGGGGACUUACCCACAUGAGGUCAACCAGGCUGCCGGCCUACUGGCCUACCCGCCCGACCAGACAAGCGACUCGUACAGCGAUCUGUGGGGCCAGGAGCGCUGGGAAAUGCUGAGCACUCUAUUCAUCGAGACGCACCACCGCCUACUCUCCCUUCCAUCAUUCCCACUACUGCACAUCGCCCUGUCGUCCGGGCUCUCGGCGCUCAAGACACCCGCCUGCCACACGGCCGGCGCCCGUGACUUGGCCGACACUCCCAACUCGGCCCCGGGAAACUCGUUGGACUCGUCCAUGUGCCCAAUUUGCUCGGCGGAGCUCAACGAGCUGGCCGAGAACGUGCCUUAUGCGCAUCACAGCAAGAGCCACGUCGAACACGACCUCGUGCUCCUGCCAAACGACAGGGUGUACGGAAAGACGCGGCUCGAGGAGUACGCCAGGAAGUCGGGUCUGCCCCAGAAUUGCGUCAAGGACCUCCGCACCGGAGAGAUCUUCCCGGCCUCCAGCACAAAAAAGGUCUUUAUCACGUGA